AUGGGAGAAGAAACACAGUACAGACUGCAGUGUGACAUCAUCAAUGUUGCUCCUGUUCAGCACCUCACUGUUAGCUGGUACAAAAACAAUGAAAGCAUCAAGACACAGUCUUUCAAUGACACAACCAAAACACCAGUAAAUGAGUCCUCUGUUCUGAGAGUCACCAUCAGCAGAGAAGAAAAUGAAGUUCAGUUCAGAUGUGAAGCUCAGCUGGACUUUGGACCAGAUGUACCCCAACUUCCUGUCAUUUCUCAAACCCACAGUGUUUCCGCGCACUAUGCUCCUGAACUGAACACAACAAAUAAUCCUCAUGACAUUUCAACACUUGAGGGCACUGAUAUCACCUUGAGCUGUGAAGCUGAGGGAAACCCUCCUCCUGUCUAUCACUGGACUUGUGAUGGAGUGAAUCAAUUGGAGAACACAAACAGUCUCAGCAUCACUGGAGUGAACCAUAAUGUGACCUGCACCUGCACAGCUACCAAUGAUCUGGGAAACAUAACUAAGACAAUUCAUGUUCAUGUCAAAGAAAGAGGUUGCCCUCUCACACUGACGCCUUCUGAAAUUGUUGUGAGAUUUGGAGAUCCAGUUUCAAUCAACUGCAGCACAUCAGCCACAUAUGUUGUUGGAAUGGGCUGGGAGGCUCCAUUUGGAGGCACGGGAUUUGAACCUCCUCCUGCUGUCACAUGGAGCACUGAAAAAGUUGAAGAGUGGACUCCAAGUCCUUCUUGCUAUGCUACUCUGGAUGAUAAUUCUCAGUGUUCCAUGAUCCCAGUCAUCACUGUUUAUAAAGGUCCAGACACUGUGUCAAUCUCUGAAUUGGAUCAUAGUCUCAUUGUGGAGGCCACAGCAUACAAACAGUACACAAGGACACAGUACAGACUGCAGUGUGACAUCAUCAAUGUUGCUCCUGUUCAGCACCUCACUGUUAGCUGGUACAAAAACAAUGAAAGCAUCAUGACACAGUCUUUCAAUGACACAACCAAAACACCAGUAAAUGAGUCCUUUGUUCUGAGAGUCACCAUCAGCAGAGAAGAAAAUGAAGUUCAGUUCAGAUGUGAAGCUCAGCUGGACUUUGCAUCAUAUGGACCACAACUUCCUGUCAUUUCUCAACCAUACAGUAUUUCAGCACACUAUGCUCCUGAGCUAAACACAAAAAAUAAUCCUCAUGACAUUUCAACACUUGAGGGCACUAAUAUCACCUUGAGCUGUGAAGCUGAGGGAAACCCUCCUCCUGUCUAUCACUGGACUUGUGAUGGAGUGAAUCAGUUGGAGAACACAAACAGUCUCAGCAUCACUGGAGUGAACCAUAAUGUGACCUGCACCUGCACAGCUACCAAUGAUCUGGGAAACAUAACUAAGACAAUUCAUGUUCAUGUCAAAGAAAGAGGUUGCCCUCUCACACUGACGCCUUCUGAAAUUGUUGUGAGAUUUGGAGAUCCAGUUUCAAUCAACUGCAGCACAUCAGCCACAUAUGUUGUUGGAAUGGGCUGGGAGGCUCCAUUUGGAGGCACGGGAUUUGAACCUCCUCCUGCUGUCACAUGGAGCACUGAAAAAGUGGAAGAGUGGACUCCAAGUCCUUCCUGCUCUGCUACUCUGGAUGAUCAUUCCCAGUGUUCCAUAAGUCCAGUCAUCACUGUUUAUAAAGGUCCAGACACUGUGUCAAUCCCUGAAUUGGAUCAUAGUCUCAUUGUGGAGGCCACAGCAUACAAACAGUACACAAGGACACAGUACAGACUGCAGUGUGACAUCAUCAAUGUUGCUCCUGUUCAGCACCUCACUGUUAGCUGGUACAAAAACAAUGAAAGCAUCAUGACACAGUCUUUCAAUGACACAACCAAAACACCAGUAAAUGAGUCCUCUGUUCUGAGAGUCACCAUCAGCAGAGAAGAAAAUGAAGUUCAGUUCAGAUGUGAAGCUCAGCUGGACUUUGGAUCAUAUGGACCACAACUUCCUGUCAUUUCUCAACCAUACAGUAUUUCAGCACACUAUGCUCCUGAGCUGAACACAAAAAAUAAUCCUCAUGACAUUUCAACACUUGAGGGCACUAAUAUCACCUUGAGCUGUGAAGCUGAGGGAAACCCUCCUCCUGUCUAUCACUGGACUUGUGAUGGAGUGAAUCAGUUGGAGAACACAAACAGUCUCAGCAUCACUGGAGUGAACCAUAAUGUGACCUGCACCUGCACAGCUACCAAUGAUCUGGGAAACAUAACUAAGACAAUUCAUGUUCAUGUCAAAGAAAGAGGUUGCCCUCUCACACUGACGCCUUCUGAAAUUGUUGUGAGAUUUGGAGAUCCAGUUUCAAUCAACUGCAGCACAUCAGCCACAUAUGUUGUUGGAAUGGGCUGGGAGGCUCCAUUUGGAGGCACGGGAUUUGAACCUCCUCCUGCUGUCACAUGGAGCACUGAAAAAGUUGAAGAGUGGACUCCAAGUCCUUCCUGCUCUGCUACUCUGGAUGAUCAUUCCCAGUGUUCCAUAAGUCCAGUCAUCACUGUUUAUAAAGGUCCAGACACUGUGUCAAUCUCUGAAUUGGAUCAUAGUCUCAUUGUGGAGGCCACAGCAUACAAACAGUACACAAGGACACAGUACAGACUGCAGUGUGACAUCAUCAAUGUUGCUCCUGUUCAGCACCUCACUGUUAGCUGGUACAAAAACAAUGAAAGCAUCAUGACACAGUCUUUCAAUGACACAACCAAAACACCAGUAAAUGAGUCCUCUGUUCUGAGAGUCACCAUCAGCAGAGAAGAAAAUGAAGUUCAGUUCAGAUGUGAAGCUCAGCUGGACUUUGGAUCAUAUGGACCACAACUUCCUGUCAUUUCUCAACCAUACAGUAUUUCAGCACACUAUGCUCCUGAGCUAAACACAAAAAAUAAUCCUCAUGACAUUUCAACACUUGAGGGCACUAAUAUCACCUUGAGCUGUGAAGCUGAGGGAAACCCUCCUCCUGUCUAUCACUGGACUUGUGAUGGAGUGAAUCAGUUGGAGAACACAAACAGUCUCAGCAUCACUGGAGUGAACCAUAAUGUGACCUGCACCUGCACAGCUACCAAUGAUCUGGGAAACAUAACUAAGACAAUUCAUGUUCAUGUCAAAGAAAGAGGUUGCCCUCUCACACUGACGCCUUCUGAAAUUGUUGUGAGAUUUGGAGAUCCAGUUUCAAUCAACUGCAGCACAUCAGCCACAUAUGUUGUUGGAAUGGGCUGGGAGGCUCCAUUUGGAGGCACGGGAUUUGAACCUCCUCCUGCUGUCACAUGGAGCACUGAAAAAGUUGAAGAGUGGACUCCAAGUCCUUCCUGCUCUGCUACUCUGGAUGAUAAUUCCCAGUGUUCCAUAAGUCCAGUCAUCACUGUUUAUAAUGCCCCUGAGUUCAAGGAAGGCAAUGAAAGCAGGGAGGUGCUCCUGGGUGAGAAUGUUACUUUAAGCUGCAGUGCUGACAGUAACCCUCCGCCUAACAUCAGCUGGAUCUAUGCAGCUGCUGGGAAUUCAAAAGAGACCACUGAGGGGCGCCAGAGGACUGUCACUAUCACCAGAGCCACCUCCGUCAAUGCUGGUGUUUACAUCUGUGUUGGAGAAAAUAAAUUUGGGAGAAAGUCAAGAUCUGUCACACUGGUGGUCAAAGGUAAAACCAGUUAUAUCCCUUUUCCAGCCAUUUGGGUUUCCCUCGCUGUAUUGCUCAUCAUCCUCUUCCUCCUCGUGCUCCUUCGCCACAAGAGGCGGAACGCCCGUGGACAUUAUAGUUUUGUUCCUGUCAGAGGGCCAGACAUCCCUUUGACUACUGCACAAGCCAAUGGCAAAUUUGACAGUUUGGCCAGCAAACUGAACAUUGAGCUGGGCACAGAGCUUUGGACGAUCCUGAAACACGCCUCACUUCUUCCAUCCGCCUCAUUCCUCCUGCAUGCUGCGUGCUGGGCAAACAUGUGGCCUGUCAGAAUGCUGAGCUUCCUCAUGCUCAUCCUUUCACUGUGCGAUGCUGGCAGCACAUGCACAAUAGAGGACAGCCGUCUUAUUCUGCACCCACGUAGGAUUAUAGAAGAAUAUGGAGGAAAUCCUGUCUCUGUAAACUGUACCAGUGAAAUUGAUGAUCAUAAUGGGAUGUACUGGACAGUUGGAAAUGAAAGCUCUCCCAUCGAAAAAGAAGAACCUUUAAUCUCCUACUCAGUGCCACUGUCAGACUGGGAUGUGAAGGCCGAGUGUAAAAUAAAAUUAACAGAGUCUUAUGAAUGUAGCAGGAAACUUAAAGUUAUUCUAUUUAAGAAUCCAGAAGUUGUUCUUUCUGCACAGCAUGUAAAUGUGAUGGGAGAAGAAACACAGUACAGACUGCAGUGUGACAUCAUCAAUGUUGCUCCUGUUCAGCACCUCACUGUUAGCUGGUACAAAAACAAUGAAAGCAUCAUGACACAGUCUUUCAAUGACACAACCAAAACACCAGUAAAUGAGUCCUCUGUUCUGAGAGUCACCAUCAGCAGAGAAGAAAAUGAAGUUCAGUUCAGAUGUGAAGCUCAGCUGGACUUUGGACCAGAUGUACCCCAACUUCCUGUCAUUUCUCAAACCCACAGUGUUUCCGCGCACUAUGCUCCUGAACUGAACACAACAAAUAAUCCUCAUGACAUUUCAACACUUGAGGGCACUAAUAUCACCUUGAGCUGUGAAGCUGAGGGAAACCCUCCUCCUGUCUAUCACUGGACUUGUGAUGGAGUGAAUCAGUUGGAGAACACAAACAGUCUCAGCAUCACUGGAGUGAACCAUAAUGUGACCUGCACCUGCACAGCUACCAAUGAUCUGGGAAACAUAACUAAGACAAUUCAUGUUCAUGUCAAAGAAAGAGGUUGCCCUCUCACACUGACGCCUUCUGAAAUUGUUGUGAGAUUUGGAGAUCCAGUUUCAAUCAACUGCAGCACAUCAGCCACAUAUGUUGUUGGAAUGGGCUGGGAGGCUCCAUUUGGAGGCACGGGAUUUGAACCUCCUCCUGCUGUCACAUGGAGCACUGAAAAAGUGGAAGAGUGGACUCCAAGUCCUUCCUGCUCUGCUACUCUGGAUGAUCAUUCCCAGUGUUCCAUAAGUCCAGUCAUCACUGUUUAUAAAGGUCCAGACACUGUGUCAAUCCCUGAAUUGGAUCAUAGUCUCAUUGUGGAGGCCACAGCAUACAAACAGUACACAAGGACACAGUACAGACUGCAGUGUGACAUCAUCAAUGUUGCUCCUGUUCAGCACCUCACUGUUAGCUGGUACAAAAACAAUGAAAGCAUCAUGACACAGUCUUUCAAUGACACAACCAAAACACCAGUAAAUGAGUCCUCUGUUCUGAGAGUCACCAUCAGCAGAGAAGAAAAUGAAGUUCAGUUCAGAUGUGAAGCUCAGCUGGACUUUGGAUCAUAUGGACCACAACUUCCUGUCAUUUCUCAAACAUACAGUAUUUCAGCACACUAUGCUCCUGAGCUGAACACAAAAAAUAGUCCUCAUGACAUUUCAACACUUGAGGGCACUGAUAUCACCUUGAGCUGUGAAGCUGAGGGAAACCCUCCUCCUGUCUAUCACUGGACUUGUGAUGGAGUGAAUCAGUUGGAGAACACAAACAGUCUCAGCAUCACUGGAGUGAACCAUAAUGUGACCUGCACCUGCACAGCUACCAAUGAUCUGGGAAACAUAACUAAGACAAUUCAUGUUCAUGUCAAAGAAAGAGGUUGCCCUCUCACACUGACGCCUUCUGAAAUUGUUGUGAGAUUUGGAGAUCCAGUUUCAAUCAACUGCAGCACAUCAGCCACAUAUGUUGUUGGAAUGGGCUGGGAGGCUCCAUUUGGAGGCACGGGAUUUGAACCUCCUCCUGCUGUCACAUGGAGGGUCGAAAAAGUUGAAGAGUGGACUCCAAGUCCUUCCUGCUAUGCUACUCUGGAUGAUAAUUCUCAGUGUUCCAUGAUCCCAGUCAUCACUGUUUAUAAAGAUCCAGACACUGUGUCAAUCCCUGAAUUGGAUCAUAGUCUCAUUGUGGAGGCCACAGCAUACAAACAGUACACAAGGACACAGCACAGACUGAAGUGUGACAUCAUCAAUGUUGCUCCUGUUCAGCACCUCACUGUUAGCUGGUACAAAAACAAUGAAAGCAUCAUGACACAGUCUUUCAAUGACACAACCAAAACACCAGUAAAUGAGUCCUCUGUUCUGAGAGUCACCAUCAGCAGAGAAGAAAAUGAAGUUCAGUUCAGAUGUGAAGCUCAGCUGGACUUUGCAUCAUAUGGACCACAACUUCCUGUCAUUUCUCAACCAUACAGUAUUUCAGCACACUAUGCUCCCGAGCUAAACACAGAAAAUAAUCCUCAUGACAUUUCAACACUUGAGGGCACUGAUAUCACCUUGAGCUGUGAAGCUGAGGGAAACCCUCCUCCUGUCUAUCACUGGACUUGUGAUGGAGUGAAUCAGUUGGAGAACACAAACAGUCUCAGCAUCACUGGAGUGAACCAUAAUGUGACCUGCACCUGCACAGCUACCAAUGAUCUGGGAAACAUAACUAAGACAAUUCAUGUUCAUGUCAAAGAAAGAGGUUGCCCUCUCACACUGACGCCUUCUGAAAUUGUUGUGAGAUUUGGAGAUCCAGUUUCAAUCAACUGCAGCACAUCAGCCACAUAUGUUGUUGGAAUGGGCUGGGAGGCUCCAUUUGGAGGCACGGGAUUUGAACCUCCUCCUGCUGUCACAUGGAGGGUCGAAAAAGUUGAAGAGUGGACUCCAAGUCCUUCUUGCUAUGCUACUCUGGAUGAUAAUUCUCAGUGUUCCAUGAUCCCAGUCAUCACUGUUUAUAAACCUCCAGACUCUGUGUCAGUCUCUGCAGUGGAUCAUAGUUCCAUACUGGAGGGCAGAGAGUAUCACCUGAAAUGUGAUAUCAACAAUGUGGCUCCUGUGCAGAAUCUCAGUGUGAAGUGGUACAAAGGCAAAGAAACUGCAUUCACAGAAACGUUUGAUGAAUUCAGUGUGACUCCAGUAAAUAAAUCUUCUAGUCUCAGAGUCACCGCUCAGAGAGAUCACAAUGGAUCAGUUUUCAGAUGUGAGGCUGAGCUGCAGCUGGGACCCAAAGGACCAGAGUUGUCCCCUUCUGUGACCUCAGCACCUUACACUGCUGUUGUUCUCUAUGCCCCUGAGUUCAAGGAAGGCAAUGAAAGCAGGGAGGUGCUCCUGGGUGAGAAUGUUACUUUAAGCUGCAGUGCUGACAGUAACCCUCCCGCUAUCAUUGAAUGGAUCUAUGCAGCUGCUGGGAAUUCAAAAGAGACCACCGAGGGGCGCCAGAGGACUGUCACUAUCACCAGAGCCACCUCCGUCAAUGCUGGUGUUUAUGUGUGUGUUGGAGAAAAUAAAUUUGGGAGAAAGGCAAGAUCUGUCACACUGCUGGUCAAAGGUAAAACCAGUUAUAUCCCUUUUCCAGCCAUUUGGGUUUCCCUCGCUGUAUUGCUCAUCAUCCUCUUCCUCCUCGUGCUCCUUCGCCACAAGAGGCGGAACGCCCGUGGACAUUAUAGUUUUGUUCCUGUCAGAGGGCCAGACAUCCCUUUGACUACUGCACAAGCCAAUGGCAAAGCUUAGGAUUGUUACUGCAUUCAUUGCACGUGUAAACUAAUUAUUUGACUUCUCCCUGAAAACAAACAGAAGACAAAUCUAAAAUAUAAAAAGCGGUACCUUUCAGAAAUAGUGCUAACAGUGUAGCUGCUUUUUAUUCUUGAAAUAUUGCAUGUUUACAGUGUGGGUCUUAUAUGACAUUACUGCAGCUGCGUUUAAGAAUCAAGGUGUCCAGGGGUCUCAGCAACCAGAGGUCAGCUACAUCUAGCUCCAGAAGAAGCUCAUGACAGCCUGACCACCAGUGGUGAUGUCCCUAAGGCUGUCUGGCAACAUCAUAGUACACCCCAGAUGAAGCUGUGUGGGUUGAGGCUGUGCCUCUUCCAUUCCCCUAAAUAUGCCAAACACAAGACCUGCAAGUACGGCAGCAGAAAAGGCAACAUUCUUAGGUCAAAUGUGGUCUGCAGGGCCUGAAAGGUCCACCUCUGCAUGAAGAGUGAGCGUAACUCCUUUAUUAGGUACCAUGAACAAAUGGCUUUCUGUUGUAUAAAGUUAUAAUGUGCAUGUUGUAAUGUUCUAGACAGUGAUGUUGUAAUGUUCUAAAAUACAUGUUCCUUUCUCCAUAUAUGUAUUUUUCUUGUAUUCUUUUUUUUUUUUUUUUAUAUAUACACUUCUUGGCUGUUUUUUUAACUACAGAAGGGUAAGGAACCAACUAUGGUAACUUCACUGACCUUUAUUUUCUACAUGAAAAUGAAACAUUUUGAAAAAUGUCACAAAAGUAAUUACGUUUUAUUAUGUACUCCAUUAACACUGUAUGGCUGAAAAUUUGAAACACUUAGAAUUUCACAUUUUCAUCCAUACAGUGUUAAUGUACUCCAUUAACACUGUAUGGUUGAAUUUGAAUUUCUAAGUAUUUCAGUGAAUGCCCUUUAAAGGGUUAAGACUUACUCAUCCAUGAUACGGAUAUGAAAAUAGUUUGUUCCUGUUUGUGUUACUAUGUAGCAUAUUUAGAAGAACCAAGUUAGCGGCUGACAGGCUUAAUUAAUUGUUUGACCGUGAUACUGAUUUAGUAUAUGAACUGAAGAAAGAAAAGCUCAAGCAGGAAGUGUUCUCAUUAUGUGGAGAUUAUACCUGUCCGUGCUGUCCUUCAAGCUGCUGGGAUGACUUUGGACUUUUUGUAAUUUUUGCAUUCAGAAUGAUCUGACAAUUUGACCAAUAAACUCAACACGGA